AUCCAGUGGCGGCCCUGGGGGAGGGGGUCCAGGACCCAGGAACCCGAAGUAGGUGUGCAGGCCCUGGAGAAGCAGAGUCACGAGUUUGAGGAGAAUUUCUUAACCGAGAGUAAAGAAGCCUGGAGCUUGUGGCCGCGGCCCAUCUGUGCCAGGCCGCUGGGAGAGGAAAGGGGUCUUUUCUGUGGAGGAGGAUAGUAGGGAAGAGGGGCGGAGAGACAUGGAAGAUACUGGGCAGGUUUGGUAAGGAGGGAACUAAGGCCAGUCAAAUGACCCUCUUCCAGACUUAGAUCGGUUUUCUACAGUUCCUAUAGCAGCGUCUGCCCCAAUUUCAGCUGACGACUCAGGGGCCCCAGGGACUGGAAGAAAUCGCAGUGCCUGCUUGGAAAGAAGAGGUAGCGACUUGCCCCAGCCCAACCCCAGAGCGGAGAGCCUUGUUACCUGGGGUCAGCGAGCUGGACUCACUGGUUGGCAGGGGGAGUGCUGCACUUCCACGUGGCAUGAUUUCUGGAUGGGAGAAAGCCCCUGAGGGUAUAGUGCUCCGGAAUUGGGCUGCUCACAAACCAAGCUGUCUGUUUAUAUGGAGUGCCUGGAGGGCGUCUGCCAUGAGUCUGUCGCUAACUGCUAACCGUGCUAACCGGGAGAGCUGGCUGACUGGGGAGAAGACACUAACCCUGAUCUCUUGGCUAGAGGAAGUGAAGGGGCCGUGGGAUGCGGAGAGCCCCGGGCUAACUCCCGGACAGCAGAACAGAGCAAGCUGCCGACAGACGGAUGGUCGAGGAGCCCUCACCUCCCAGAAUGACCAGUGCGGCCCCUGCUAAGAAACCCUACCGUAAGGCACCACCUGAGCAUCGGGAGUUGCGGCUGGAAGUUCUUGGAUCCCGGCUGGAGCAGGAGGAGUUCCUGACUGAUGCGGAGAGGAUGAAGCUGUUGCAGCAGGAGAAUGAGGAGCUUCGCCGGCGCUUGGCCUCAGCCACCAGGCGCACUGAGGCCCUGGAGCGUGAGCUGGAAAUCGGGCAGGACAGCCUGGAGCUGGAGCUGGGCCAGAGCCGCGAGGAGCUGGACAAGUUUAAGGACAAGUUCCGCAGGCUGCAGAACAGCUACACGGCUUCCCAGAGGACCAACCAGGAGCUGGAGGACAAGCUGCACACGCUGGCCUCUCUUAGCCACAGCUGGAUUUUUGCAAUCAAGAAGGCUGAGAUGGAUAGGAAGACACUGGAUUGGGAGAUCGUGGAGCUGACCAACAAGCUGCUGGAUGCCAAGAACACCAUCAACAAGCUGGAGGAGCUCAAUGAGCGGUACCGGCUGGACUGCAACCUGGCUGUGCAGCUCCUCAAGUGCAACAAGUCUCACUUCCGUAACCACAAGUUCGCCGAUCUGCCCUGUGAGCUACAGGACAUGGUUCGGAAACAUCUGCACAGUGGUCAAGAGGCUGCCAGCCUGGAACCUGCCCCUAGCUUGGCACCAGGGGCUGUGGUACCCACCUCCGUCAUUGCCCGGGUGUUGGAGAAGCCAGAGUCGCUACUGCUCAAUUCAGCCCAGUCAGGCAGUGCCGGGCGCCCCUUGGCUGAGGAUGUCUUUGUGCACGUGGACAUGAGUGGGGGUGCCCCGGGUGACCCAGCCAGUCCCUCAGCCCCUGGCAGCCCCACCCCCCAACCCAAUGGGGAGUGCCAAUCUCUGGGCACUGCUGGGGGCUCCCCAGAAGAGGAGCCGCCCCUGCCGGCCUUUGAGAAGCUGAGCCCCUACCCCACCCCGUCUCCACCACACCCACUGUAUCCUGGCCGCAAGGUAAUAGAGUUCUCUGAGGAUAAGGUGCGAAUUCCGCGCAAUAGCCCCCUGCCCAACUGCACUUACGCUACGCGCCAGGCCAUUUCCCUGAGCCUGGUGGAGGAGGGGAGUGAGCGGGCCCGCCCCAGCCCAGUGCCCAGCAGCCCUGCCUCAGCCCAGGCUUCACCCCACCACCAGCCCAGCCCUGCCCCCCCAACACUCAGUGCCCCAGCCAGCUCUGCCAGCUCUGAGGAGGACCUCCUGGCCAGCUGGCAGCGGGCAUUUGUGGACCGUGCUCCACCCCCGGCCGCCGUGGCCCAGCGCACAGCCUUUGGACGUGACGCACUCCCUGAGCUGCAGCGCCAUUUUGCUCUUAGCCCAGCUGACAGAGAUGAGGAGGUUCUGGCACCCUCUCCCCCACCCAGUGAGAGUGGGAUUUUGCUGCUACCAGAACCUGACUCUGGCCUUCCCAGGGAGGAGGAGGAAGAAGAGCUGAACCUGCCCAUCAGCCCCGAGGAAGAGCGCCAGAGCCUGCUGCCCAGUGGUAGUGGCACAGAGGAGGGGCCUGGCACCUCUCACACUGAGGUUAGGACCUGGGCACUCCCCAGCUCCAGCCGCCCCCAGCGCAGCCCCAAGAGGAUGGGGGUGCACCACCUGCACCGUAAGGACAGCCUGACCCAGGCCCAGGAGCAGGGCAACCUGCUCAACUAGGGCCCCUGCUUGCCUUCCUGCCGCUGCUGCACUGGGACUGCAAGGAGGCCUGGACCCUUGCAGCUCAGGGUCCCCUGCCCACCCGAGCCCUUGAACUUUCCUCCCUCCAGGCCUGCACAGCUCUGUUCCCUGUGUGGAUGGGGUCAGGCGGUGGCCACAUCAGGCCUUUCAGCUGCAUUAACUGUGACUGGCACUGGCUUGCCUCAUGGUUUUUCCCCUUUCUUCUUAGACUAUUUAUUCUCCAAAAGUAAUAUGCAGCCAGGGCUCAAGACCUUUCUUCCAAUCAGCCCAGCCCAAAUUGGGCUGUUCUGGGGAGCUGAGGGGUUUAUUACAUAAGUGUUCACUCUCCAUCCUCCUCUCAAAUCCAUGAGUUUUGUUUGUUUUUUUCGGGGUGGGGGGUGUUGUUGGGAUUAUUAACCUCUAAUUUCUAUUUUCCACCUGUUUCCCUCUCCCCCAAAUCCCCUGCACGAGCUGUUGCCUUCAAGGGGCCUGGCAUGGCAGGCCCUCGGGGAUGAGGGAGAGGGCUGACUCAGGGCUCUCCUCAGCUGUUUCCUUCCUCCCUCUGGAAGGGAGUAGAGGGUGGGAUUCGGGGGCUUCAAGCUCGGCUCUAUGUGAGCCCUAGCCCCCCUCCCAACCUUGGCUCUAGACUGUUACUCCCAGCUGUGGGAAAUUUUCACACUGAUGACUUUUAAAAUUAAAUAAAACUAUUUUACUGGUAUG